GACUUGGAAAUGCACCUUCGCUGUGUACGAAUGGCUACAUCAUGACGACCAGUCCAGUUGUGCAGCCACUUGACCAUGGUGCUCAUUGUAUGUACUUGUUAAACAUGUUUCAUUUAAAUUGGACUUAUUUUACAUUAUUAUUUAUUUAAUAUCGUUAUUACUAUUAUUAGCUAGUCCCCCUGAGGGGUUGCGUCAGAAAGAGCAUCCGGUGUAAAAAUUGUGCCAAACAAAUAUGAGCGUUUCAUCUGAGUGGCGACCCCUAACGGGACAAGCCGAAAGGUACUUACUUAACGAUUAUUAUUAACAAGGCUUCAAACGUUAGUGUGAAGCUUGAUCAAGAGAGUACACUUGACAAGAGCAACCUGUUUUGCUGAAGUGAAGAGCCUCCUCUAGUGUCUGGCAGAAAUAAUUCCAAUACAGCAAAGCAUGUAGUUUAAUUUACGCAAGGUAGAAGCAUACAUGUAUCUUCAAACACACUAGUGAUUAGUCUAGAGUCAAAAAUACAAAACGGAUCAAGGGAAUAUAACCGCAUAAAGUAUUUUAAGGUGAAAAAGUAGGCUACCCUAAAACAUUUUCUUAUCUCGCUUGCUUUACCUUUUUUCUUACGUUUCUGAUUGGUUCUUGCGGAAAAAUGGGCGGGCUAAUAAGAUGGGAAUGCCCAAUGGGAGAAAGCUGUCAACACAGGAGCGACUCAAAGUUGACAUCGCAAACGUUAUGAUGUAAGUCGUCCUGCUAGCAUUGCUCGCGCCAACCUUUAAGGGCGAUGAAGCCUGAACAACGUAGUCUUGCGAUGGCCGAGAACGGCGGUUCCCCCUCAACCCAAGCCCGCCGCGGCCGACAGACGUACAGAAGUUCGGCUCAUUCCCAAAGCCUGCUGAACAGUCUGCUGGGGCUCCGGCAAGCUGGCAUCCUGUCGGAUGUGGUGUUGCUAGUGGAGGGUCAAGCCAUCCACGGCCACCGUGUGCUUCUUGCUGCCUCCUUUCUCCAACACCCUGUCAAUGUUCUCCUUAGGGGGAUGUUCACCGGAGGCCUUCGGGAGACGCAGCAGAAUGAGAUCCCGAUUCAAGUGUCCUUUUUGGGCAUGAACAAAAUAAUUGACUAUAUGUACACUUCAAAGAUAGAGUUGGACCUGGACUGUAUACACGAUGUCCUGACAGCGGCCACAUUGCUGCAGCUUGAGGAUGUCACUGGUUUCUGCUUCGAGUUCCUCUUCUCCUGGCUGGAUGAGGGCAACCUUUUGGAAAUGCAUCACCUGGCUGACCUCUACGGACUGCAGCAGCUCAAUGCCCGAGUUCAGUCCCACAUCCUGAGCAACUUCCAGGCUUUGUCUCGCACAGACGUCUACCGACAGCUCCCCCAAGAGGAAAUAUUUCGAGUGCUGAGCAGUGAUGAACUGGAGGUCCAGAGUGAGAACGAGGUGGAUGAAGCAGCGGUUCACUACCACCACAGUCCUGAACAGGUGGACCAUAACCAAGUGUACUUGCAGGACCGUCUUAAGAUGUUUGAUGCCGUGCACUUCUGCCUCAUAGAGAAACAAGUACUUCGGAGGUUGCAUAAUAAACUGGAACAGUGUCCGCUAAAGGAAACUGUGUCCGCAGCCCUCCAUUAUCACGAGCAGGAGAUGUGGCAGCCAGUCCUUCAGAGUCCUCUCAGACAGCCCCGCUCCACUUUCAACUGUAUCUUGGGCUUCGGUGGGAUGUUUUCUUCACCCUCUGAAACGGUCAGCAAGCACCUGAUCCAGGUGUUCCACCCCAGCUGGAGCGAGUGGUGGGUUCUUAAUGCAGUGAACAGUCCUCGGAUGUCCAACCAGGGAAUUGCUGUGCUUAACAACUUUGUGUAUCUUAUUGGUGGAGACAGGAAUACCACUGGAUUUCAUGAGACUUGCUGCUGGAGAUAUGACCCUCGUCACAACAGUUGGUGCUCCAUCCAGCCUUUGCAGCACGAGCACACAGACCAUUGUGUGUGUGUGUUGGGUGGACAUAUUUACGCCAUCGGAGGUCGAGACUACACCAGGGAGCUGUGCUCAGUGGAGCGUUACAACCCUCACACUAACACCUGGGAAUUUAUUUCCCCUCUCACUAGAGAGGUUUACGCCCAUGCUGGACCUGUAGUAGACAGCAAAAUUUACAUUACUGGUGGACGCAGAGAGCGGGCAUACCUUAGAGAGACCUACUGUUUUGACCCGGCAGCCAAUAACUGGACAGCUUGUGCGGACGGGCCGGUGGGGCGAGCAUGGCACGGCAUGGCUGCUGUGAAUGGACGCCUGUAUGUCAUCGGGGGAAGCAAUGACGAGCGCGGCUACCGGCGGGAUGUCUUACAGAUGGCGUGCUUUGAGCCCUCAGACAACUCUUGGACUUUACUAAACCCACUCCCUGCUGGCCUUGGGGAACCUGGCAUCGCAGUACUGGACCGUCGUAUCCAUGUGCUGGGAGGGCGCUCUCAUAACAAAGGCAACCGGAUGAAAUAUGUUCACGUGUUCAACACCGACACAGAUGAGUGGAAGAGCGACACGCCGUUCACGGAGCGGAUCUCUGGUCUGGCGGCCUGCGUGCUGCUCAUGCCGCCAGCUGUGUUGGCUUUCGCCAAGAGCCCAGAGCCACACCUAAAAGCAUCCUGGGAAGAUGACUUUUUCUGCUCACACACAAGCACAAAUGAAGACUAAUGAGUAUGUGACUUGAAGUUUAAGCUAUCUUUCAUCAUGAUAAUUUAGUUAAGUAUUAUUAUGGAAGCAUAAUGUCAUGCUCAAGGCCCUUUUUAGUGCCUCUGACAAGCACCACUUAGUAAAUUUGCAUGCGAAACAUUGUUUCUCCAAUUAGCGAUGGUCUUAAUGGUCGAGUCUGUGGAACUGAUUGUUUCAACCCCAUUUUCUAAAGCUGAUUUUGAGCACGUUACCCUAUGCCUACUACCACUAUCACCCAACUUAAUCCACCCGCUAUUUCCACAACUAUCACAUCAAAUACUACCAAAUUGCCACAUUCAUCUGGAGCAAUUCACAAUCAAUAUUUAAUUAAUAACAUGACAGAACAUAAAGUAAUACAUCAUACUCUACUGAAACAUGUAUAUUGGCAAUAAAUUAUGCAAUUUGCUCUAUGAAGAAAGGUCAUUGUGGCGGCAAGGUGUGGGACAGGUUAGCCAAGAUGAUUGACAGUCCACAGGCUCGGGGUUCGAAUCAGGGCUGUGGCCAUCUAUUGUGGCGUUUCCAUAUUUUCCCCACACUUGUGUUGUCCUUUUCUGGCUUCCUCCCACUUCCCAAAGGCAUGCAUAUUAGGUUUGUUGAAGUCUCUAAAUUGUCCUUAUGUGUACAUGAAAUUGUGAAUGGUUGUUUGGUGAUUGGCGAUCUGUGAUUGGCUGCCAAGCAUUCCAGGGUAAAGUCAGAACUUGCAACCCUAAUAAGAACAAGUGCAAUACAAAAUGGAUGGAUGCAUUGGUGUUUCUUGUGAUAGUGUUACGCCUGCAGAGGAGACCACUAUGCCACAAAUGUGGACAAUUUAGUCUUCAAUUAACCUGAUGUGGAUGCUUUUUGAAUUCGAGAGGAAGGUGGACAAAAUAGAAAAAGCAGCAAUUCUCCUAUUCCUUUUGAAAAUAAUUAAAGAUAAAUGUAAUUGUAAAAUAACAAUAAUUAAAAAGCAAUUAUUGUUAGUCCUUUCAUUUAACAAGGAAAUCGAGUCACAUGCACAUCACAAUUGUCAUAGUAUUUUUGAUGAAAAUGAGAUCAUCUGAAUAAAAUAAUGAAAAAUCAUGAGAAAAGUCUGCUGUGACAUUUCAUAAGUAUAUCAAAGUGACGCCAGAGCAUGAGCCAUAAUCAAAGCUAAGAUAUGACUUUAUUUCUGGCCUGCCAGGGUGUCUUCAUGAAUCCUAUUGUCUUUAUGCAAUUAUCUAUAACUUCUAUUGACUAUGCAAUAUGUAGAAAAAGCAGCUGAAUACCAUGUGAAUUAUUAGUUAUUACAACAAAUGUGUUGUAAACAUUUACUUUUGUUGCUGUUAAUCCAAGUAUAUUUGUCACCUGCAGUAUUCAUUUUAAAGAAUGCUGUUUGUUCUUAUAAUUUCCACUGGGUAGGUAACGCAAAAGCACAAAAAGGUGCACUCUAACAUAGUGCCUUGUUGUCCUGCUUUUGUGAAAGGUUAAACAGUAAAGUGGAGGUAAUAGAAAAGUCUACACACCCCUGUUCAAAUUCCAGGUUUAGCGACAUAUAUACAUCGGUUAACAAAAACAAAAAUUGGAACCGAAACAACUCAAUUGGAGGGGAAUUGCGUGGGGAAGGAAAAGUAGGCAACUAAGAUUUUCUGGUUACACACGUGUGUACAUCUUAUUACUUGGAUCUGGCUUUAUUCCAAAUUAACCAUUCAUCCAUCUAUUUUCUGAGCCACUUAUGCUGACGAGUGUCGCGAGAAUGCCGGAGCCUAUCCCAGCUGUCAAUGGGCAGGAGGCAGGUUACACCUUGAACUGGUGGCCAACGAAUCGCUGGGUACAUGAAGACAGACAACAGUCGCACUUACAAUCACACUUAGGGGCAAUUUAGAGCCAUUUACAUUCAAUCACAUGGUAAAUGGUGAGACAGCACACCUACCACAAUUUACAAUCCGCCUGAUCAACACCAAAUUAAACUGUAAUAGGCUUUUCUUGACAUUUUUCAGCUUUCUAGUUGAAGUCUGAAGAAUAUGUACCAGUACUUGUUCACUCCAAAUUCUGUAGUUGGUUGUGAACACAGCUACAGCUCCACUUUUAAGCCCCACGUGUACAACCACAAAAUUUCAGUUGUUUUUACUUCACAUUGCUGAGAGAUUUUUGUUUUUGUUUGUUUUCGAUUGCGUUGUACAGGUUAUAUAGGUCACAAUGGUGGAAAAACUUAAACUGAUUUGCUUUGAAUAGAGGUGUAUAGACUUUGUAUAAUCACUGUGUAUUUAUGUAAACAUGGACACAAUUUUUGAUACCGCUCUGUCAAUGAAAGAAAAUCCCACAGUAGUCACAGAAAUAACUUGAAUCUGAAAAAAAAAUGUCUAUGAAAAUCAGACAUUGCUUUUGAGUUCCGGUUUGAGAGAACUGUUUUAAAAUUAUUUUAAAAUUUAUGAAACACACACAGCCAAAAAUGAUAGUGCCUUCAAUGUCCCCUAAACUUAUUUUGUUGCAAAACCUUUUGAGGCAGUCACUGCAAUCAAAUGAUUUUUCUUACCUUCAAUGAGAUUUCACCUCUCAGCAGGUAUUUUUGGCCCACAGGUUCAGUUUUCUCAGGUUUGAGGGGUGCUUUUUCCAAGCAUCAGAUAUCAGCUCCUUUCACAGAGGUUCAAAAGGAUUUAGAUCGGAGCUCAUAGGAGGUUACUGAAGAGAUAUUCAUUCUUUUGCUCUGAUCCAUUCUUUGCUGCUUUAGCUAUGUUUUAGUUCAUUAUCAGGUUGUAAGACCUGCAAAUUAGAUCAAGCUUUCUGAGACUGGGCAACACAUUUCUCUCUAGAAUACCUUGACAGUCCCUGCGCAGAUUCAAGACACUCUGUGCCAGAUGCAGCAAAGCAGCCCCCUGAACAUAAUGGAGCCUCUUCCAUUUCACAUUCGGGCUGGUGUUCUUUUCUUGGUAUGCUUCAUUUUUGCUUCUGUGAACACUGACCUGAUGUGCCUUGGUAAGUUCAUUUUGAAAAUGUCAAUCUUGCUUUUUUAUUGUUUAUUUUCAAUAGUGGUGUCCUCCUUGGUCAUCUCCAAAGAAGUCCAAUUUGGCUCAAACAACAGCAGUGCAAUCUGACACUGAUGUACAUUGACAUUGGAUUUCACCUCUAAUUUAUUUGAAGGUUGUGCUGUGCUCUUUUGUCACCAUGUUAUUUUUCACCCUUAAUCUCCUGACAGAACUCUCUGCUUUGCUUCCUUGUUCCAUGUAUAGUGUGAUAUACACCAUGUCAACAAACAGCACAGUGAUUAUUUGUCACCCUUGGAAUAGGCCGAGUGACUGAUUACAAGCUUGAAGACACCUGUGAUGCUAAUUGGACGACACUCCGUUCACUAUGUCCAAUAUACGUACAAAUUAUUUGUACUAAAUUAUCUUUUCUUGGGGUACCGACAUUUUUGUCCGGGCCUGCUUCAUUUACAAUAAUCCUGUUGAAGCACAAUUUCAAAAGAAAUUAUCAUUGUUUAAUUUUCAUUAUACAACAUUUGUAUGUCUUAUUUACCCUUGUUAGAUUCAAGUUAUUUUUGUGACCACAUUUUUUUUUAUUAUUAUUAACCGCAGCACCAACAAUUUUUAUCCAUGUGUGUAUGUAUUUAAGUUGAGCUUUUCGUGACUGUGCCUCUGGUAUCGCAAAAUAUUUGCACUGAUUUAUAAUGGAGGCAGCAGUGCUGUAAGAUAAGACCUCAACUUAAAAUAGUUAUGUUCAUGUUGUUUUAGUGUGAACAAAACACAAUCUCUAUUGUCAAUAUAGGGUUUCACUAUUACCACUUAGCGUUUCCUUCACUCAAUUAUGGCUUUCUGGGCACAUUGUUUAAUGACAGAAGCCACAGAGAGUCAUAAAAUCAUCAAGUAUCUAGAUGAUCACACAAUCCUGCACCUAUUUUGUUCCGUCAAUUAGUUUGCUUUUGUUUGAUAUGUUAGUUGAAUGAUUUAGAUAAGCUAAAAUGUUGCUCUCUUAUUGUAAUUUUCUCCCCCGUUUAACAGGUUAAGCCUGUUAUCCAAGAUAGGCAAAUGUAUUCCUGUGAUAAAAAAAAAAUUAAAAAAGUAAUAUAUACCUUUUGCAAUGUUUAUCUCGAAACAUGCAGCAACGGGUUUAUUAUACAUUUAAGUGAAUUUAGCCCUCCUCGAAGCCAUCACCUUAAUGUGGUGGAGGUUUUGUGGUUUGUGGAGGGCUCUCAAAUCUCCAGGGUUGAGGUCGCUGAGAUGGUUAAAAAGGUCCUCUGUGGCAAUUCUCCAGGGGGUGGAUGAGAUUUGCCUGAAGUUCCUAAUGCCUGUGGAUGUUGUGGCGCUGUCCUGGUUGACAUGCAUCUGCAACAUUGCAUGACAUAAGGGACAGUGCAUCUGGAUUGGCAGACUGGGGUGGUGGUCCCCUUUUCUAAGAAUGGGGACAUGAGGGUGUGUAUCAACUACUAGGGGAUCACACUCCUCAGCCUCUCCGGGAAGGUCUAUUCAGUGGUGCUGGAGUGGAGGUUCUGUCAGGAAGUUGAAUCUCAGAUUCAGGAGGAGCAAUGUAGUUUUUAUGCUGGCCGUGGGACGGUUUACCAGCUCUACACCCUCGGUCGGGUCUUCGACGGUGUAUGGGAGUUUGGCCAACCAGUCUACAUGUGUUUUGUGGAUUUGGAGAAGGAAUUCGACUGUGUCCCUCAGGGAAUGCUGUGGGGUGUGGUUCGGGAGGAUAGGUUUUUGCAUUCCCUGAUACGGGCUUGUCAGUCCCUGUACAAGUGAGGUCAGAGUUUGGUCUGCAUUGCCUUCAUAAUUUGGGCUCGUUUCCUGUGAAGGUUGGACUCCCCCCAGGCUCCCCUUUGUCACCGAUUCUGUUCAUAACUUUAAUGGACAGAAUUUUUAGGCACAGCCAAGGCUGGAGGGGGUUCAUUUCGGUGACCUCAGUGCUGCAUCUCUGUUUUUUUGCGGAUGAUCUGGUUCUGUUGGCUUCAUCAACGCCUGAUCUCCAACUCUCACUGAAGCUGUUGGCGGCCAAAUGUGAAGCACCUGGGAUGAGAAUCAACACCUCCAAAUCUGAGACGGUGGUCCUCAGUCGGAAAAGGUUGGCUUACCCUCUCCAGGUCAGGGAUGAAAUCCUGCCCCAAGUGGAGGAGUUCAAGUAUCUUGAAGUCUUGUUCAUGAGUGAGAGAAGAAUGGAAUGUGAGAUCGGUGCAGCGUAUGCAGUGACGCAGACUUAGUCUGUUGUGGUCAAGAAGGAGCUUAGUCGAAGGCUGAAGCGCUCUAUUUGGUGGUUGAUCUAUGUUCCCACCCUCACCUAUGGUCACGAGCUCUGGGUCAUGACCGAAAGAACGAGAAUCCCAGAUACAAGCUGCCAAAAUCAGCUUCCUCGACAGUGUGCCUGGGCCUAUACCUUACAGAUAGGGUGAGAAGCUCGGUCAUUCAGGAAGAGCUCACAAUAGAGCUACUCCUCCUCUACAUUGAAAGGAGCCAAAUGAGUUGGGUGGGGCAUCUGAUUUGGAUGGCUCCCGGACACCUCCCUCGUGAGGUGUUCCAGGCACGUUGCCCUGGAAGGAGACUCGGGGGACGACCCAGGACAUGCUGGAGAGACUGUCUCAGCUGGCCUGCGAACAGGAUCCCCCCAGAAGACCUGGAUGAAGUGGCUGGGGAGAGGGAAGUCUGGUCAUCCUUGCAAAAGCUCCUGCCCCCACGACCCGACCUCAGAUAAGUGGUAGAAGAAUUUAAAAAAAUACAGGAAACUUUACAUUUGUUUCACAGUUACAAUUAUUUUAAGCCUUGUGCUUUGGUCGAGAAUCAUGAGCCAAUAUUACACAACAUAAUUCACUUUAAACAUUUUUUGUAACUAUCUGAGUUCACGUUGAUGAUCACUAAACUCCAUAUGAAAACCAUGCACACCUGGGCUGUGUCACUCACGUUAGUGGAUUCGUCCAACUGCAGUGAGAAACACUCACAAUCUCCGUUGUCUCUCCACACAUCAGCCAUUGCUUCACAGCACUGUGUAAGUGUACUCCUUUACAGCUGCAGGGAUUUUAUUCAAGAUAAUAUUCCUGCCUUAUUUUUAAAAGAUCAGAACAAUGAGUCAGCUGUGCUUCUUUUACCAUCUCUCUAUCUUGGAAGGACUUCUUGUUAUUAAUGGUGAUGUGACGAACCUGGAACGAUGCUUCUGUGACUCCCGCGCCACCAGUUGGGAGUUUACUUCGUUCACUUUUCUCAUUCUCAGCUUGCUUUUCGGCUGAAUGUCGGUGUCGUAUUUUCCAUAAACAGUUCAAAAAUGCCGCUACACAUUUCACUUCAUUGGGAGGUGAGGCAAACGCGCUUUGAAAAUGACAUUGUGAAAAAAAAGUCUGCCUCUCUCUCCGAGUGAAAGUGAAAGUUGUCGUCUUCUUUGGUCCAGCAUCCAUACUCUUGUUUGAUAAGAUUUCUUUACUUUAAGAAAAAAGCGAGGGCUUAAAAUAGGGGGGAAUCCAUUGACUAGCGUAAAUCAGGCUGACGUCUUUUUUUUUUUUUUUUGGCACGCUGUUGCGAUUGACCAGAAUUGCUCAGUUGAUCACGAUCGACACAUUGAGUACCACAGAUCUAGUCUAUAUUCUACUAUAACUAAUACUAAACACAAGGCACACAAACUUACAUUUACACAUAAAGAUAUAUAAGUAUAUAUAUCAAUAUACUUAAAAAUAAAUAUUUUUUGCAUUUUUGUAGUGGAUAGAUGGAUAGAUAGUGGAUAGAUCUUUGUGACUUGGUCAUUUGGUCAUUCUAUUUCAUCAUUGGUCAUUCUAAAAAAAAAAACAACAAAAAAAAACUCUGGCCCCAACUCCUCCUUUUCAAUCGCGAAAAGUCUGGGCACCCCUGGACUAGAUAGAUAGUUGUAUAGAAUAGUAAUAGUUGAACAUCGAAAUUAGAAUCAAGGAAACUCUGGGGUAAGAAAGUCGUUAUUGUAUAUAUUUUUUAAAUACACAUGAUAAGUGCUGUCAUCGGUGAAUACUUUGACAGGACACAAUUAGUCAUUAGUAUAUAUUGUGAUGCAACGGCAAAACAAAAGGGAAAACCGGCCGACAUAUUAGGCUGCAUCCUGUCAAUGUUGUAAAUAAAUCCACGUGUUUGAAAUUACACACUGAUUGGCAAUUCAUAGUUCCUAUUGAGUUGUGCUGAUGAAGAUGACUUGCUCUAUUUCCAGAUUAAAAAAAAAUGUAUUUUAUUUGCUUGUCAUUUGCUAAAAAGUCAUUUAGUCAUUUUAUUUAUUAGUCAUUUGUUAUUGUGCCAACCUUUUGCCAUAUUUUUGUAAUUCACUCGUUAUUUGUUAAAAGUCGUUAUUUAGUAAUUUGCCAUUUCAUUAGUUAGUCAUUUGUUACUGUCCAAAACCAUUACCAUAUUUUUUAAAAGGUAUUUCUGUUUUUAUUAUUUUAUUUAUUUUUUGUCACAUGGAUGCA